GCCAUUUGAAGAUGGAAAAUGUCGCUAAAAAUAAGUGUGGGAGACCGACUACUGUAAAUCACUGUCGUUUGUCAAAAACCGCCAUCCCUACUGGCGGUCAGUGUCAGCCACGCCGCACUCGUGCCUGCCAACUACAUAGCGGUAUUAUGCGGUAAGCAACAAUAAAUUUGGUCGCUCCUUCGCACACCAGGGACUGGAAUGUCCGACAGUCCCGAACGUGCGAUAUCCUCAUAUCUCAAAUUCUUGUCUCGUUUCCAUCUAAACUCUUCCUAAAGGGCUGGAACUAGAACGCACCUUGACGACACCCACACGGCCACGCCAGAGUUGUCACUGCAGAGUUGCACUCCGAACGCCGAUCGUGACACCAAUUUCGAUGGCAUCCGUGCUGUCCAGAAUCGGGCGCGUGUUCCUCGCCGCGCCUUUUGCCGCGCUUGUCUUGAUCUGCGUCAAGGAGAUGGACGUUGACAAGUUGAUCAAAUUCGAGGAACAAGUCAUGAAAGUUGACAAGGGCGCCAUCAAAUGGCCCGGUGGCUCUCUUAAGGUCUUUGAGACCUUCUACGGCAUCGAGCCGCUCGACCACAUGUGGCGCGCCGCCUCCAUCACCUUUGCGCCCUCGUCGCUGGGCUACGACGAGAUUGGCUGGUGGCAGAUGAUGUCCUUCCUGACUGAUCUGGGGCCCAUGUACGCUGUCUGGUACCUGGAAGCAGCCCGCAUCGGAAACGCCUGGUCGCCUGCGUAUUUCGCAACCCUCUGGACCUUUGGAGCGCAGCGCCUGGGCAUCGGCACCGUCGCGCCCUUCGUCUACUUCCUCUCCCUCGUCUUCGGGCCCACGACGGCAGAUAUUGCGGGCAGCGACAACUUCCUGCGGACGGUGCAAACCAAGUGGGUCGGCCUUCUGCUGCCUCUGAUGCUGGUGCUGCACAACCUCGAAGUGUUCGCCGCGUACCUAUCCUCAGACCUCGUGGCGCGCCAUUACUGGAUCUUCGCCUGGCAGAUGUCGCCGCUUUGGAUCGGUAUCGCCAACUUUGUCGGCACGCUGCUCGCGGGAAACCUGUUUGCGCGAUUCCCGCUCGCGCAGCCCCGCUUGCUUCUCACAGUGCUCUGCACCAUCUCAGCCGCCGUCUGGAUUGCGACCCUGGUCCUUGCCCCGUACUCGCCGGCCGAGCUUUUUUUGCCUUCCUGGGAGACGCAGGAGGACCUGACUCUCCACAGCAGGCGGGCACUUCAGGUCGACCAGGUCUGCGCGUUCAGCGCCUGCUUCUUGUGGCUGUUGUGUCAGUUUGUCGACCUGUGCAGACUGGGGUUCGCGGGAGCUGACGCGUUCUUUGCGGCGGCUCUGUUGCCCAUUGCUUUAGCAUGCUUUGGGCCUGGCGUUGCUUUCGUCGUCGGCUGGUGUUGGCGGGAGCGGAAGCUUGCUCAGACACGUGGGCGGAACAGCAGCUAAGCGCGGUGCUUUGCGAUUUGAGUGCUUGGUGGCUGAGAGUCAAUAGUCUAGACCCCAUCCCUUGGCACGACAAAGAAUAUAUAUCCAUGACGCGGCCCCUAGC